AAAUCGUCGUUUGUCAACAAAUAUAGUCACAAUAGUAAUUAUGUAACAAGUUAUCACCGCUCAACAAUAUUUAGAUUAAAGUGAACUGUGAUAAGAAUCGGACGAUUUCUAUACAAAAUGAAGGCUGUAGUAUUCGACGGAAAAUCCCUCACUCUCAAAUAUGACGAGAACUACCCAAUGCCAGAGAUAACAAAUGAUGAUGAUGUCAUCGUCAAAGUAGAAUAUUCUGGAGUCUGUGGUACCGAUCUUCAUAUUAUACAGGGAGAAUUUCCGGCAUCGAAGGAGCGACCUCUGCCCUUAGGACACGAGUUCAGUGGUGUAGUCCAUGAAGUGGGAAAGAAAUCUAUCUUCAAGGUUGGGCAGAAGGUCGUCGUUGAUCCAAAUCGCGCCUGCAAUCUCUGCAACUUCUGCCGCGAUGGUAAAUACCAGUACUGUCUAACAGCUGGAAUUAACAGCACCAUUGGCAUUUGGAAGGAUGGAGGCUGGGCCCAGUAUGUCAGAUGUCCACAGGACCAGGUAUAUUUGUUACCAGACGGAAUAACUACAGAGCAAGCGGGUCUGUGCGAACCAUACUCGUGUGUUUCACAUGGAUUUGACCGGGCUGCACCAAUUCCAGUCGGCACCAAGAUACUUGUUGUUGGAGCCGGUAUUAUCGGUAAUCUUUGGUUGACGACUCUUCAUCUUCAAGGACAUAAAGAUGUGACAGUCUCGGAAAUGAACAAAACGAGACUCGACAUUGUAAAGAAACUAGAGACUGGCUACAGAUUAAUAACUCCAGAUGUCCUGGCUUCGGAGAAGCUGCAGUAUGACGUCAUCAUUGAUUGUACCGGUGUCGGUAAAGUGAUGGAGGUAUCAUUUAACUAUUUACGUCAUGGCGGCAAAUAUAUUCUUUUUGGGUGUUGCCCUCCUACACACCAGGCAUCAAUAAAUCCUUAUGCUGUAUACGAUAAGGAGUUGACGAUUAUUGGUGUAAAAAUAAACCCAUUCAGUUUCCCUAAAGCAAUUGGACUAUUAAGUGCUAUGGGCAGCAGGUAUUUGAAUUACGAAAAUCUUGGUGUCAAAACUUAUGCUCUAUCAGAAUACAAAUCGGCAUUGGAAGCAUUAAAAACUGGAAGCAUUUCUAAGGCGAUAUUUAAAAUUUAAUAAAGAAAUAAAUUGUUUUGAUUGGA